AUGACGACGCCGCCCCGUCUUGCCGUAACCACGGGCGGUGCCGAGUACUCGUCUGGGUCUGGCACCACACCACCCUUCAAGCCAAACAGGGCCCGGAUACCCCUCGCAUUGUCCUCGGGCGUCUGUGCAGGAUCAACGCGGUACGUCUGGCACGACGGGACGAACUCUCGCGCAAACUCGAGCCGCCUGGGCUCCACGUCUGUGAUGACUAUGGGGUGUGCACCCGACGCUCUGGCCGCCGCCAACGCAAUCAGACCAAUGGGGCCUGCACCGCACACCACGGCUCCCCUGCCGAGGCUCAAGCCAGCGAGACGGAUCCCGUGCAGCACGACGGACAGGGGCUCUAGCAGGGCGCCCUCGGCGUACGAGAGGCCGUCGGGCAGUUUGUGCAGCCACCGGGCCGGGUGGACCUUGUAG